UCCCUUUACACCUGAAAUCUUGAUCUUCCCUGCUCUGCAAUUCAAAUUUCGUUCUGGGUUUUUCGUUUUUUUCCUGUUUCGUUUCGUUUUGUCUGGCAUGAUUAUGAUUGUACUGCCAUCUGGGGGCUCUGGAAUUUAAUUUUGUGAAGUGAAAAAUAAAGGGGAAUUUAGUUUUCUGUGGUGACAUUUUUACUUCCGAAAAAUGCCAAAGGAUAGAAGAGUUCAAUCUUUGUCUUUUGAUCGGUCUAGGGCAUCUCCUUACCCUUGCAAUUCUAGUUCCAGGGAUCCCAAACCGAACAAACUUGAAAUACUUGAGGAUACAAGAGAGUGGGAGGAAGUUAGGUGCCCAAUCUGCCUGGAACACCCCCACAAUGCUGUUCUCUUGCACUGUUCUUCUUCCAAGAAGGGAUGCCAACCUUACAUGUGCAAUACAAGCUAUCGUCACUCGAAUUGCCUUGACCAGUUCCUUAAGACAUCCGCAUCUACUCCUUCAACAGAAAUAAGACAAGACAUUCCCUCUGCAGGCUUGAACUCAUCUGGAACAGCAGAGGAAGCCUCAAUGUCUGUGCAAUCCAGGCAUGAUGUGAUACUGUUGCAGCCAAAGCUUGGUUGCCCUCUCUGUCGGGGAGAAAUUUAUGGGUAUAGUGUGGUAGAAGCUGCACGUCAGUUUAUGAAUUCUAAAGUGCGUAGUUGUUCUUGUGAGAAUUGUGAUUUUAGUGGUUCUUAUUCAGAACUGAGGAAGCAUGCUCGGUCGGAUCACCCAUCUACACGGCCAACAGAGGUGGAUCCAGAACGGCAGCACGAUUGGAGAAGGUUGGAGGAUAUAAGAGGGUUUAGGGACUUCCUUACUAUUAUGCAACCUGUAACAGGGGAAGAACACAGCGAGGAAAAUGCUUCUUCCGAUUUUAUGCUCUACUUACUUUUGGGAUCAUAUCUCAUUUAUGAAGUAGAAGAAUUCCUUGUUAGUAGAGAUAGACAGCUAGUGCAUGACGAUAGGGUCUCAGGGAGACCGUUGAGAUUUAGGUAUGACAGAGAGACUAAUUAUGCCCCAAGGCAUAGAUCAAUGAAUGAUACUCGACCAGGGAGGACAAAUGCUGGCAGGCACAACAAUAUGGAGGUUAACCGUUCCUCUCGAUGGAUCGAUAGUUCACGAGCAGGAAGAGUAAACCAUGGCAGGUAUAGUAACGAGACUAAUCAUUUUCCCAGAUGGAAUGACUAUUCACGUCCUCGUACAACAAAUCCUGGCCAAGGAUUGCGGUGGCGAGGACAACAAAGGUCUAGAUUCAAUAACCAACGGUAAUAGCAGCAUCUUAGUGAUCAUACUGCUUGUCGAACAACCCUUAGUGUUUAGUUUUGAAUAUAGGACCAACAGCAUGUUUGAAGACAUAUUCAUCUUCUUUGGUCAGCAUUCAGGCUCAUGAAGCUGAGACUAGGUCCCUAGGAUAGUAAAACAAAGAAGGAGCUAAUGUAUUUUGUUACUGAAUUUUGAAGGUUCUAUCCUAGACUGAAUGGAAAGGGGUUCUGAAUCACCUCAUUUUACUGUGAAUCUCAUGUAUUUUUAAUUAAGAAAUGCAAAGUUAAUUUUAUUUUCUUUCACA